AUGAAAGGCACAACGACAGCUCCAGAGACGUGUGAGCACAUCUCCAUGAUCACUUCAGAGCUGACCGAGAUCAUCUCUCAGAAGUCAGUGGCACAGUCUAAAAUCCCUGACGCAAACGCGUAUUACGCAGCCAAAAUGUUCCCCAACUUCCACGAAUGGAGAGCAUUCCGUAACACCUCCACGAAGGCUGCAGACUGCGCCCUAACUUCCGAUCUAAUCACUUCCAUGCACUCCUUCGGCGACUGCCUGACCAUGGCAUCCGAGUACGCCAACGAGCUUCGCCUCGCACUAAAAGCCGAAGGCCCAGAGUACACAGACGAGCAAGACUCAAUCAUCAAGAUGCUUCCCAGGCCCAUCUUCAGCCUCUUCUUCCUCACCAUGACCACUCUAGCGCCCGUCGCCUCCGCAAGCGGCGCUUCCGAUCGCUAUGAUCCCUUCAACCAUUGCGGUGCACCCUUCUGUGGUUCCACGGGCAAUGUCGCCGCUGCUGGUGCUCUAGCUCGCGUGGAGCGCAACGGUACCGCAGGUAUCGUGAACGACAAGCUCAACGACAAGCUUCCGAAGAUGUAG